AUGUACCUUAGAAAGAACACUCGGAGGAUUCCUGAUCUUCUUCACCUACAACUCCAUGAUCAGCAAACGCUCGACUACCAAGCUGCAUUCAUAACAAUGAAGUUUUUCAAGACAAACGACAAUGUUACGCUUAAGUACAUCGAUACGGGCACAGCAGGGACCGACGACGUCGCCAAACCGUGGCUGAUACUUAUCCACGGCUUCACCGGUUCCUCCCGCGCAUGGCAAAAGAACAUCCCCUCCCUCAGCAAAACCUACCGCGUAAUCGCACCCGACCUCCGCGGGCACGGCGCCAGCGACAAGUGUAAACACGGCUACCAAGUCAUGAGACUAGCAAUGGAUCUACGAGAACUCGUUUUAUUACUCCAAGGCUCAGACGACCAGAGACCAUGGAGGGCUAUUGGAGGGAGUUUAGGAUGUUCAAUUCUAUGGGCAUACGCAUCACUCUUCACCACAUCCCCCUUUUCACACACCAUAUUCGUUGACCAAGCACCUCUACAAAACAGCGAUCCAGCUUCAGAUUGGGACCACCGAUUCUGUAAUCGAGGCAUGAACAACCCCAUGGCGGUCUCAUCGUUGCAAACCGCGCUAGCCUUAUCUCCAGAAACAGCACACAAAGGUACCAUCGCAGCGUGUCUAUCAUACCGCUCUCACCCUCUACCAACAGACGAGGUAACCAAAUCCCAACACGACGAAGACGAGUCGUUCUUCCUUACAGAAGCCAUGAAAGGCGACGCGUUGUGGUAUGGUAAACUAAUGGCCGAUCAUACGGCUUUGGAUUGGCGAGAUGCGAUUCGAGCUACGUAUGGCAGUGGAAGUGGUAGCAAGACGCGAGUCCUGGUGUUGGCGAGUAGCAGAAGUGGCUGUUUCCCAGCGGAUGGACCCAUGGCUGUAGUUGACCUCGUGAACGAAGAAGCUGAAGGUAAUGCGAAGAGGGCAUCUGGUCUAGUGGCUGAUUGGGGAGGACAUUGGAUGUAUUGGGAAGAUCCAGAGAAAUUUGACAAGUUGUGUUUGGACUUUUUAGCGACCUAG